AACUGCAACAAACUGCAACUUGUGUUUAGACAAAUUCUUAAGCUUCUUGAAGAGGUUUGGCUCUAACACAAAGGUGGAGACGAAGGAGUUUGUCUCUAACACAAAGGCGGAGACGAAGAGCGUUCCUGAAAGAGAUAACAACCCUAACAUACUACCCGAUUAGGCACUCAAUCAGCACUACCUUGGGUAUAUUUGCAUAUGGAUAUUGAGAUGGAGAUCCAAUAUGAAGAACACGGCACAAACAUACUGCGGGACAAGGAACACGAUCUGGUAAAGACAGAAGAUUUCUGCGCCUGCUCUGUGAGUUCUACUGAAACAGCUAUAAACCCUCCUCCUAAAACACCACCAAGAAACCUUCCUCCUGAAACACUGCUAAGACACGGUCCUAAAAGCUUCAUGGAUUGUAUAACUUUAAUAGUGUUGAGCAUAGAGUAUAUUCCUAUGAAUUUUCAUUACAUGUUGCUAGUGUCGGGUGGUGCUUUUCUAAAAUUCAAAGCAGAAAAGCUGACGGCUCAAUUUGAUUUCAAAUUGGAAAACUUAUCUGACACAGCACUAUUACUGUUGACCUUUGGGGAAGCCUUUGGAGAGUUUAAUCCAGAGAUCACAGAUAAAAUGACAAUCAUGGUGGGUUUUCUUCUAGUUUUGCUGCUGAUUUGGCCACUGCAACCAGUGUAUCAGAUUUCUAUCAUGCUAAUAUUGAUUUCUGAAUCACUUCACUAUACCUUUAAGUUGUUUGGCAAGUUGUCAGGGGUUGGUGUAACUUGCGGCGUUUUCAAACUUCCUCUCCUCUGGUUUACUACUACAGCGGCUUUUGCACUUUCUCUCAUUGUUUGUUUUAUGAUGUUGCUCAUGAUUUACCUUGUCCAGACAUAUGUAGGUGCAGGGAGAUCAAAAGUGAGAGAACCUGAUUUUACUUUCGAAGAUUUUUCGGUAAUUGUUCAAGGGAUGGGUGAUGAAGUUGAAUCAAACAAAUAGCUUUAUGUCCUAGUUGAUUAAGCUCUCAACAACAUAUACCCAUUACUUGACAUAUAUCCAAAACUUAUUACAUACCUUCUUUCGUUUAUUUGCAUGAUGUUGAAACUCAUUGCUUAUCAUCUGCUUGGUAUUGAGUAUUUACUAUUGGACUUCUUCAGGUCCAAUAACUCAUGAGUUUCGUUAUUAUUCUGCUUGUAUUUAUAUCUUAUCUUGCAUGUAUUUUAUGAACCAUAGUGAUCUUUUGCUUUCGUGUGAUAGAUCUUUGCGUCUGAUAGUUUGUUUUUGUGUAUGAUAGACCUUUGUGUCU